UAUAUUCCCGGUUCUGCCGUGGGACGAGCGCUUUAAAAAGGUAAACAAGCUUUUAAUACCUGUUUUCCGGACGCUGGGAAAUAACAUCGCGUAUAUUCGUGUUCACACUGACAAACACGGACUCUCUGAAGUAGGUGAAAUCACUGUGACAACCAACAAGAUGGAAACCAAAGUGACCUCGGAGCCCGUGUCCAAUGGUCUGACUAAAGGAGGGGCCAGGAUUGUAGUGGAUGACGAUGAUGAGGUUCUCAGUCCGACCGACCUGUCUGAGAUGUUAGCCGAGGGGACCAAGGAGUCCCAUGACCGGGCAGAGAACUGCCAGUUUGUCAAAGAUUUCCUCAGAGGCCGCAUCAAAAGGGAGCUGUUCAAGAGAGGCACAGCCGCUCUAUACUUUGUUUACUCUGCCUUGGAGGAGGAGAUUGAGAAGAACGAAGACCAUCCUCACAUCGCUCCGAUCUAUUUCCCUGCAGAGCUGCACCGUCGCGAGGCCCUGGCCCGAGAUCUGGAGUAUUUCUAUGGAGAGGACUGGGAGAGUCAAAUCCGCCCGUCUGCAGGCACCAAGCCUUAUGUGGACCGCAUCCACGAGGUGGGAGAGAAGGACCCAGUGCUGUUGGUGGCCCACUCCUACACCCGCUACAUGGGUGACCUCUCAGGGGGACAGAUCCUCAAGAAGGUGGCUCAGAGAUCUCUGAAGCUCCCCUCAACAGGAGAGGGCCUCAACUUCUACCAGUUUGAGGGAAUUCACAGUCACAGGGGCUUCAAGCAGCUGUACCGUAGCAGGGUGAACGAGCUGGAGCUUGAUAUGAAGACCAAAGAGAGGAUUGUGGACGAGUCCAAUCGGGCCUUUGGCUUUAACAUGAUGGUAUUCACGGAGCUUGAGGAAGUUGGAAAGACCAUCAAAGAAGAAUUCCAGGAUGUCGGUCAGGGACACAGUCAUGCAGAGAUCAUGGAGGGUGGUGAUAUCAACAAGUGCCCGUACUACGCAGCGAAAAUGGCCGCCAGUGGAAAUCCCACCUAUGCUUGCCAGUUAGCCAUGAUGCUUCUCAAACAUCCACAGUUUCAGGUGGCUCUAGCCGCCUGGGUGGCCGUCUUCGCUGGGUUUUCUGCCUGGUAUUUCCUGUGAGCUCUAAUACGCUUGAUUGUCCGAGAAUGAAAGAGAAGACAGUGUGGAGGACAUAAUUUCAUCCAGCAAAGCUUUAGUAUCUGAAUUGUUACUGUCCAAAAGUGUGAAACAUCAAAUCAGAAACAGCAGAUUUCUAUGUAUUAUUUUGUGUCUGACUUUUUGCAACUUUUUGUGAUGAUGCAGUUGUUGUGUGAUAAAUCUGCUUUACGAUGCAUGUACGUUGUAUGCUGUGCUCAGUGGUAAUACACGGUGUAGACAGUUCGGAAACAUUUGAUUUUGCAGGAUUUAAAAUGCGUACUCCUUUCCAUGAAAUGUGAGUUACACAUUGUGCUGCUGUCUGAAGAUGCACAGUGCGUAUUGUUGUACAUUUUUUCAGUCAGUAAACAGUGAAUGAUUCUCACUAAAAUCAAAUCUUUAUUAACAUUUACAUUUUACAUCUACAUCUGUACGAGUAACAGCAAAGGCUCUACUUUUAGGAAGCGUUAACGAAAAAGUGAGCAUACUGUUCAGAGUAUUCCCAAAGGCCAUCCAAGACGUGUGGAACCACCAGGUCCUUCUGAGCAAA